AAUUGAGAAAAGACUACGGAAAACCCUUCCGUACCAGCCGUUCGUAGUUACUUUUUGUAAUUGGCCAUUAGGGGCUAUGCUUAAUGGAUGCUCAGGCUGAUCCGACAGCGAAAACGAUUUAUUUCUACGUAAUUGGACUUAUCACUGUGAUGGAUGAAGUUCGCAUAGUUUGAAUAAAAAUUAACAAAUUUAUUCAAAUCACUGUUCCACACACUUUUGUUACAUAGCAGUUGAUAAAGAACGAUCGGAAGUAAUAACGAGGAGUGAUUUUAUGGCAAAAUGGUUAUCGCAGUUUGCAAGAAAAGAUUGAAACUGUCAUGACUGGAAAGAUUUCAUAGCCAGCAACAAAUCUUGAGGAAGAAUACGGUCGAACGACAAGCCAGUAAACUGAAAAUUAUAGACUAGACAGGAUCGAGUGUUUGUUAUGGCUGACGAAAUCACUUCGCCGCAUAAAGUAAAGUCCUUGAAUGUCAAAAGUAAGAGUAAAGAAAUAUUGAUACAGGAGAAUCCUUGUUUCACUGAAAGAUAUUUGGGAGAGAAAGAUCCAGAUCCUAAUCAAGUCGAAUGCUUUUUAACAAACCCUAAUGAAGCUGAGAAAGAUGUUCAUCUUGAAAUCCGUAAUAGAUUAUUGUGCCAAAUAUGCAACGCCAUUUUUAAGGGAUCAAGUUCAAGACACAACCUCUUGGAACACAUAAAUUCGAUUCACAGUUUUCACAUUUUUAACAAAGGUCACAGAUGUCGUGCUUGUAAUCUAGUAUUUUACACUUUGAAAGCAUUUGAGACGCACAAAAAUAUUUGUGAAAAGGAAUCCAAAAGUUCAAUUGAAGCCCAUUCUCCUGAUGGUAUCAAAGAAAUUGUUGCAAUAGACCGUGAGAAGAGCAAAUCUAAUACAAGAACUGCAGAAAGCAAUGCUAAGAUUAAAAUAGAAGAUGAAAGCGAAGGUGGAACUUUGGAAAGUGACUUAUUACCAGGUGAAAGAGAUCUUAAAAACAAUUCUUUCAAAUGCUACAUCUGUUCCACCGUACUUAGUAAAACAAAAGAUUUCACGUCACAUUUGUUGAGUAGACAUAAAAAAGAAAUAAGUGAAAUAGAGUUUGACGAUUUGUCCUACAGAUGUAAGAAAUGUCUGUUGACAUUUCCAAAUUUGCUUCUGUUGCGGUCGCAUUUCUUAAAAAAACAUACUACGCUGAUUAUCUACAGAUGUGUUAUGUGUCAUGUCACAAUGAGGUCUAAGAAAUCUUUGAAAAUUCAUUUCAACGACACCCAUGCCCCAAAAACCAAAGAACUACAGUCGUGCAAUGAAUGUGGAAAGGAGCUGUCGAACCUCAGAGCUCUUAAAGCUCAUAUCAGAUUGAAACAUAGUUCUAAUAAUAACAAACAAGGUUUUCGAUGCAGACUUUGCAAGCAUAAAUUCGACUCGAAGGAAAGCAGGAAAGUUCAUUACGAAGAACAUCAUCUAGGAGAAAGUCCGUUUGUAUGCACAGAUUGCGGAAAAGGAUUUUCAAGCAAAUCUGGCCUCUAUGGACACCGUCAGCUUCAUAAAACCGACAAGUCUUCUACUUGUCCAUAUUGCGAAAAGAUAUUUAACAGAAGAGACAGCUACCAUGAACAUAUAUUAAUUCAUGUUGGACCGAAGCAUCGUUGUCCACAUUGCCCAAAAGAGUUUGUGCAACGCAGUAAUUUGGUUCGUCACAUCCGGAUUCACACAGGGCAGAAGCCAUACACCUGCACAUUUUGUGAUAAACGGUUUUCGGACAAAGGCGCAUGUAACUCUCACAUUCGUGUGCACACCAAAGAAGAACAAUGCGUCUGCUCGUAUUGCGGUCAAUCUUUCACCAAAAAACAGAAGCUCAAGUAUCACAUACGAAAACACACUGGCGAGGGCUUGUUGAGCUGUGAAAUAUGCUAUAAAACCUUCACCAACUCUUUUGCGCUGAAAGAACACAGAGCCAUUCAUGACAGGCAAACGCAAACCAUUUGCAUCGAAUGUGGCAAGGCAUUCAACAGCGCGAAAUACUUGCAGAGGCACAUUGCUCUCGUCCAUCAAGAAGCCCCAUGCUCUAACAUGGCUGUUCAGUGUCCAAUUUGUGGCAAAACAUUUUGUCACGAAGGGAGGUUGAAAUCUCAUCUCGUUACCCAUUUAGGAAAGAAACAUUUGCAAUGUCUGAUUUGCGAAAAACGGUACAGUAGCAUGAAAUCCGUGCGAAAUCACUUGCAGCAAAGUCACAACGUGAAGCCAGAUCAACCAGAAUUGAGCAAGUAUGUUCGUUCUGCGUUUGAAAACGCCCAAACGGCAUUGACUUCAGAACAGCUGAGCUUGCUGUGUUCCUCGAGUGAUGAAAAAGUUAGUUCCAAGAGUUCAACAAAAUUAAAUCACCAACAAAGGACUUGGAAUAAGGAUAUGUUCACAGGAGUGGAGAAUGAUGGUAUCAAUCAGAACGAGAGGAUCGUUAAGGAUGAAAUGUCUUCUACUCAAACUGACAAUAUCUUGAAGUAUAAUCAUCAUGACAAGUUAUACUGUAAAACAGAGUUGAAUACUUUGGCUUCCACAAUUCAUGCAGAUCAAAUUUCGCAGGAAAUCAAAACUGAAAUUCUUGAUAUUCCGGACGAAAUAGUGUCGCAUGACGAAAUUCCACAUUCUUUUGUUGAAAAAUGUUCAAGUAUUGAAGACAAACCGAAGGAAGUGAACGAAAAGAUGUCUAUGAAUGAACAGACAAACCCGAAAUGGACGAAAACAAUUUUAAGUGCAAUUAUUGAGGAGCGUAUGAAGGUAAAUGAGGAGCUGUCCAGAAUAUGUGAAAACCAAAUAAACCCUGUGGAAGAAAAAAUACCAGAAACCGGAGACAUUCCUAAUUACUUCCACGAAACGGAGCAAGAAUCAAGAUUGGAUUCGAAAUAUUCCAAAGAGAUUAAUAGGAGGAGAAAACAGAUGCGAACACCUAAGAAAUAUGUCUCAACAGUCGACACGGGCUUACUUGAAAAUAAUUUAAAAAUUAUCGUACCUAAACGGGAAAGAGUUGAAGCAAUAGCUCGUUCCCUUAAGAAGUCUACUAAUUUAAAAUAACUGCUGACAAAUAACAAGGUAAAUUAUUAUUGCGAUAUUUCUCUAAAGUAAGAUUUAGAUUUGAAGAAAAUAGGCGUUGUACCGAUUCUCCUGAUA